AUGACCAGAAUAAACAUCGUGAGUGUGAACUUCGUCGACAAUCCGUGCUCCUUCAAGCAGCCGUUCAAGCUCGAGGUCACCUUUGAGGCGUUUUCUCAUCUUGAGAAAGAUAUUGAAUGGCAGCUCAUCUACGUCGGCUCUGGUGCAAGCAGUGAACAUGACCAGCUUCUCGACUCUGUUUUCAUUUGGCCUACACCCGAAGGACGGCAUCAAUUUGUGUUUCAGGAAUUUAUUUGUCUCGGCUGGAAUGUGCAAGUGCAAUACAAUGAGCCGGAGUUCAACGAAAAUCCACCAACCAAAACCGAUGAAAGCAAGCUAGUUCGUCAAGUGAUGGUCGACGGUAUUGAUGGCGAAGACAUUGCCAUCGAUCUUGGUGCUGAAGAAAUUGAAGACGGUGACGGUGAUGGCAAUGCCAUCGAUGAACAACAGAUUUCUGAUGAUGUUGUCGCGUCAUCGAGUGAAGAGGCAAAAAGCGAUGAUCCGGAAGUGUUGGAGCAAAUCGAACGAGAAAGAAUUAUCGAAAUGUAUGAAAAGGGACCUGAGGAUCCGUGGAUCGAUGACUGGGAGAACCUCGAUUGGGAUGUGUACAGAAAGACAGAUCGUCACGGUUUCAUACACAAAGAAGGCCUAUCGGAAGCUGAACGUGUUCAAAGUGAAAAAGAACGAAUAGAAACAGAAAUUAGACGCGAGAAAAAAUGGCUCUCAAUGUUAUCACAAUGCGAAACGGCCGGUGAAAAACUACGGAUACGAGUAUGGCCUAAGUUGCUUGGAAUCGAGGAGCUGAAAGCCCAGAGCAAAGGAGACGAUAUUUAUGUCAAACUAGUGGACAGAGCCCGAUUAAUAUCAAAGGACAUCAAACAAAUUGACCUAGACAUCAAUCGAACAUAUCGAGACAAUCAGAUGUUUCGCCGACGAUAUGGUAUCAAGCAAAGGUCUUUGUUAAACGUGCUUGCUGCUUAUUCGAUGUACAACACGGAGUCAUCAACUUUUCUUAUUCGGGGAAUGUCUCAAAUCACCGCUCUUUUUCUGAUGUUUCUUGAUGAAGAAGAGGCUUUCUGGUGUCUUCACGCUUUGAUGGUUUCUGAAAGGCAUUCAAUGCAUGGUUUCUUUGUGCUCGGUUUUCCAAAAUGGCAACGAUUUGAAGAGUACUUUCAGAAAAUUCUCAAAAAGUAUAAACCAAAAGUGCACAAACAGCUUGAAAAGGAGGGGAUUCCCUACAGCUACUUAACAAAAUGGUGGUUCGGGUGUUUCUUGGAUCGGGUACCUUUUCCGCUUGCUCUGAGACUUUGGGACGUUUUUCUUUAUGAGGGUGACACGAUACUGAUGGCUAUGGCUAUUAACAUUAUGAAAAUGCAUGAAAGAUCAAUACGGAAGUUAACUUUGGAAACGUUUAUGAAGUUUAUUCAAUCAACGCUGGCCGAGGAUUUUCAAUUUCCAGAUGAUGAGGUGAUGAAAUCGCUGCGAGAAGUUUUGACCAAAUUGAUUAGUGAUCGUACACAACACCCUCCACCACCAGGUCCCGAAGCAUUACCCGAGAUACCGACAAAGGCUUUUGGUCCAGUGCUGGCUCGUUCACUGAAGGAAAUCCAAGAUCAAGUGUCGGAAUUGCGGAGUCGAUCUAGUCGAGCUAAUUACAAACCAACGAUGGGCUCAACGACGAACCUGGUGGCAAGUGUGGCCACAAUGGGAAGCGGUUUAUGCAUGAUUGUUGUGUUGAUCCUUUGCGCACAUCUCGCCUGGGAUAUCAACAAUUUUCAUGAGGAAACAAAGGAGAAUAUGGGAGAGUUUCAGAAUUACGCAAACGAGGCGUGGGGGAACAUGUUGACGCAGAUCUCGAUGAGCACGCCUAGCCAGAGAUCCAAAAGAGGCGCCGAGAAGAAAUUAGAGAAUUGCAAUUGCGGAGAACAUCACGAUCAUGGAUGUCCUGUUGGACCACCCGGACCAAAAGGGGAAUCGGGAGAACCAGGCGAUGAUGGUACUCCGGGAGAACCCGGGCAGAAGGGUCGAAGUGGUUACUCGAAUAUUGUCAGCGAAGGAGAGUGCAUUCAGUGUCCACAAGGACCACCAGGACCACCGGGACCAGAGGGCCCCGCGGGACGACCUGGCUACGAUGGCCGACCGGGAGUCAAGGGACAUCCAGGAAAACGAGGAGAAAGAGGAGAUCGAGGAGACCCAGGAGACGAAGGACUACCCGGAGCACCUGGAGUCCCAGGAAGCCCAGGGGCCCCUGGACUCAAUGGGAGACGGUCAAUCGGUAAACCGGGUCGUCCGGGCCGUCCUGGUCGACAAGGAGCCCGCGGGAACAAAGGAGAAAAUGGAUUACCUGGAGAGCCAGGAUUCGAUGGUCCACCAGGUCCAGCCGGUAGCCCGGGUAAUGAUGGAGAGCCGGGUUUGGAUGGAAAAGACGGAGAGCCGGGCAGAGAUGGAGCACCGGGAGGAGAUGCUGCUUAUUGCCCAUGUCCGGCCAGGAGCUCGGGGGUCAACUCCUACAACGGCCUCAAUGGCGGCUAC